AUGAGUCAGGCGCAAGAGGCGGAGCCCCUGCUACAGGACGAAGAGUAUGAGCGAUGCUUGAGUGGGGCACAGGCCGCCAAGGAUGAAGGAAACGCCGCCGUGAAAGUGGGGAAGCUGCGCGAGGCCUCGUUUCACUACAAGAAGGCGUCUCUGUUAUUGUCGGGCUGCGCUCCUACCGGGGGCAACCUGGAGAAGGACAGCUUCUUGUGCAUGCUGACAAAACAAAGGCGCGCAGCCACGCAGUUUCCACUCAGUCAAGAGCGUUUGGCCGAAUUCACCAAUCUCAAUGCCGCCGUGCAGAACAACUUAGCACUUGUACAUUUGAAACUUGGCCGCUAUGCGAAAGGGGUGGAAUGCGCGACGAGUGUCCUCGCACUGCCUGGACACGGCUCCGACGCAAAGGCGCUGUUGCGUCGCGCUAGCUGUUACCUGCGUCUUGGCAAAACGGCGGAGGCGGUGGCGGACGUCGAUGCGGUGGAGAGUAACGCGCGGGCGACGGGGGUGCCGCCGGACACCGAAGUGGCCAAUUUGCGCGAGGAAAUACGCUUGGCGAAGGAGGAGGCGAAGGUGAAGGAGCGCGAGAUGUGCCGGAAGAUGUUUGUGUCUUAA